AUGGAUCCAAAACCAAUCUGCCAGAUCAUUACGCCCGUUGGCAUGUUAGGAUAUGGCUUUGACGAGAAGCUCAUCCACCACGAGCUUAGUCUCCUUACUGCGAAUGGCAUACCUACAGCCAUGAUCAUGGAUUCUGGUUCUACUGAUAGUGGGCCACAAAAGCUGGCUCUUGGGUCCAUGUCAUGUCCUCGAUCAGCAUAUGCUCAAGAUCUCACCAAGCUGCUGCGACUAGUGCACGAUUUCCACGUGCCGCUAAUCUUUAGUUCUUCCGGUGGUGAUGGAACUGACGAGCAUGUUCAUAUCAUGCAAGAUAUUAUCCAAGAAAUCACAGAAGAGGAGGGAAAUAGUGACUACUACUUCAACACCAUUUCUUUAUUUUCCAAUAUUGACAAGACAACAAUUCUUGAGCGUUUCAAACAGGGUCGUCUUACGGGAUGUGGACCUUGCGUUCCUCCCGCAAACGAAACUGAAAUCGAAGAUUCACUCCAUAUAGUUGCUCAAAUGGGCUACGAACCUUUCCUCGACGCCAUGAACGCCAAUCCAGACUUCGAUGUCAUUAUUGGUGGCCGAGCCUAUGACCCGUCCCCAUAUGCCGCAUACUGUGCACACCAACUUAUGCGCCAGACAAAGGAUUUGAGCAACGAACAACUUCAUUCUAGCUUGGGGGGGUUCCUGCACAUGGGAAAGAUAUUGGAGUGCGGAGGCCAGUGCUCUACUCCAAAGUCUCACGGAGCUGUGGCCACUGUCUACGCGACAGGGCUUUUCGAUGUCAGGCCUACGGCUCCGGACUCCAAGUGCAACCCUCUUUCUGUCGCUGCUCAUACACUCUAUGAGAACACGAGACCUGAUAUCUUGAGGGGACCUGGAGGUUCUAUCCAUCUCCAAGAUUCCAAGUAUGAGCAGUUGUCUGAUGGAAGAUCUGUUCGUGUCAGUGGCAGUAAGUAUCGAUCUUCAGAAGAAGAUGGACUGCCCUAUCAGUUUAAACUUGAAGCUGCACGAAUCGUUGGAUACAGAUCAAUAUUUAUGGGCAGCAUUAAAGACCAUAUUCUAAUACCUCAAAUCGACAAGCUACUCGCCCGUGUCAAGCUUUAUGUAGCCCAACAGCACACCGAAUCUACAAGCCAGUGGAAGCUUGAUUUUCAUGUUUACGGAAAGGGCCAGUUUAGUCCCACAGGAGCCGGACAGCUCUUCAUCGUUGGUGAGGCACUCGCCUCGACUCAAAAGUUGGCGAAUAGCAUUGCAUCCAAGGCUAGGGUUGGCAUGAUUCACGCACCGUACCCUGGACAGAAGGCUACAGCAGGCAACUUCGGGUUUGGCCUUGGUGGUCUUAUGGAAGUCGAGAUGGGUCCUUGCGCCGAGUUCUCUCUGUACCAUCUAAUGGACUUGGAGCCCGACGAACAACGUCUAUUUACAGCUGACAUUGGCAAGCCCCAGACACUUGAAGGGCCGUUGUUACGAGGUACCGUUUCCAGGAUCGGCAAAGGAUCUUGGAACCUGAGGAAAAACAAACCACUUGAGAAAGUACCCAAUAUCGAACCGCAUUCGCAGGGCGCUGACCACAACGCACCCACUCCGGACCAACCUGCUCGGGAUCCUGAGACACUAUCGGAUCUUUGUCGUAUCCUCCGUUCCAAAAAUGCAGGCCCAUACGAAAUCACUAUAGAUGCCAUGUUCUCGUCAAAGACUAACUACGAUGCUAUCAAAGCCUCCGGUAUUCUCUCAUCCAUCAAUGUAGCCAAGGCAAUUGGUAUCAAUGAGCACGACAUCGUCUGGAUUGGUUUCUUUGAUCCUGCCAUGUCUUUCAAGGUAACCAUUCCCAGGAUCAGAAUGGGUGUAAAGAAGUCGGCGGGUGGUUUCAUGGAAAAUGAUAUACACGGCUCGCAAGAGCAUAACGGGCUUGCGAACAUGAAGUUACCUAGAAACCUCUUCACUCAUUAG